AUGAGUGAAAGGAGAAGAUCUGCAGUCGCCCUGAGCUCUCGAGCACAUGCCUUCUCCGUUGAAGCCUUGAUCGGCUCAAAUAAAAAGCGGAAACUGCGAGACUGGGAGGAGAAGGGGCUGGACCUGUCCAUGGAGGCGCUGAGCCCCGCGGGCCCACUCGGAGACACGGAGGACACGGCCGCACACGGCCUGGAGCCCCACCCGGAUUCUGAGCAGAGCACUGGUUCGGACUCUGAGGUGCUCACUGAGCGGACUUCCUGCUCCUUCAGCACCCACCCUGACCUGGCCUCUGGGGCUGCAGGCCCUGUGCCUGCUGCCAUGUCUUCCAUGGAGGAGAUUCAGGUGGAGCUGCAAUGUGCUGACCUCUGGAAGAGGUUCCAUGACAUUGGAACCGAAAUGAUCAUUACCAAAGCAGGCAGGAGAAUGUUUCCUGCCAUGAGAGUGAAAAUCACUGGCCUGGAUCCACACCAGCAGUACUAUAUAGCAAUGGACAUUGUGCCUGUGGACAACAAAAGAUACAGAUAUGUGUAUCAUAGCUCCAAGUGGAUGGUGGCUGGCAAUGCUGAUUCUCCUGUGCCCCCGAGAGUUUAUAUACACCCUGAUUCUCUAGCUUCUGGAGACACCUGGAUGAGACAGGUGGUCAGUUUCGACAAACUCAAGCUGACCAACAAUGAAUUGGAUGAUCAAGGACAUAUCAUUCUGCAUUCUAUGCACAAAUACCAGCCUCGAGUUCAUGUGAUUCGCAAGGAUUUCAGCAGCGACCUUUCACCUACCAAGCCUGUUCCUGUGGGUGAUGGGGUAAAAACAUUCAACUUUCCUGAGACCGUGUUCACAACAGUCACGGCUUAUCAGAACCAGCAGAUCACCAGAUUAAAAAUUGACCGAAACCCUUUUGCUAAAGGAUUCAGAGAUUCUGGAAGAAACAGAACUGGACUUGAAGCCAUCAUGGAGACAUAUGCGUUCUGGAGACCUCCUGUGCGCACGCUCACCUUUGAAGAUUUCACCACCAUGCAAAAGCAGCAAGGGGGCAGCACAGGCACUUCCCCAACCACCUCCAGCACUGGGACACCAUCUCCUUCGGCUUCGUCUCAUCUUUUAUCUCCAUCCUGUUCUCCUCCAACUUUUCAUCUGGCCCCCAACACUUUUAACGUGGGCUGUCGAGAAAGCCAGCUGUGUAAUCUAAAUCUCUCUGAUUAUCCACCAUGUGCCCGAAGCAACAUGGCUGCCUUGCAGAGCUACCCAGGGCUGAGUGACAGUGGCUACAACAGGCUCCAGAGUGGCACCGCUUCAGCCAGCCAGCCCUCCGAAACCUUCAUGCCUCAGAGGACUCCAUCCCUGAUCUCAGGAAUACCAACUCCUCCUUCGUUGCCUGGCAACAGCAAGAUGGAAGCCUAUGGUGGCCAGCUGGGGUCCUUCCCCACUUCUCAGUUUCAGUAUGUCAUGCAGGCAGGCAAUGCCACCUCCAGCUCCUCAUCACCACACAUGUUUGGGGGCAGCCACAUGCAGCAGAGCUCCUACAAUGCCUUCUCCCUGCACAACCCCUACAAUCUGUAUGGAUACAAUUUCCCCACCUCCCCUAGGCUAGCUGCAAGCCCAGAGAAACUGAGCGCCUCUCAAAGCACUUUACUCUGUUCAUCUCCUUCCAACGGGGCCUUUGGAGAGAGGCAGUACCUGCCCACGGGGAUGGAGCACGGCAUGCACAUGAUCAGCCCCUCACCCAACAAUCAGCAGGCAACCAACACCUGUGAUGGCCGGCAGUAUGGGGCAGUCCCAGGCUCCUCUUCCCAGAUGUCUGUACACAUGGUUUAAAGGCCACUCCAAACACCAUGGAGCCUACGGCAGUCAAGGGCCCAGAGACUCCGUGGGCUUAUCUUCUUCUUGGAAGCCCAAUGCCUUUGGAAAACAGAAACUGUGUAUUAUUUUUCUGGAAGAGGAAAAUGCAUACCCAAGAACAGCAAGGGACACUUUUAAGCCACUGAAGGAUACUGCAGUAGAAUCAUCCAUGAUUCAGUGGACAAUCUCCUGCCUUCCCAAACCUUAGUUUUAUAAAGCAUUGUCUACUCCAGAGUGGCCUUAGAAGAGACUGAAUAACCAUUUUAUAAUAUUGUUAAGGGAAAUGCUAGCAUGUAGCAGCCAUAAAAAGUUACACACACACAUACAGACCUACCUGUACACACACACAAACACACAUACUCAUACACAAGCUCAUACACACAAAACAUACCUGCACACUGACUUUGAACUGGGCGAACUCUGUGAAGGGAGGCCCACAAUGGGUGCUUUCACCAAGAAUUUGUCUAUGUACAACACUAGAUGGACUGGGCCAGCGGUAGCUGCCAGCCUUUCUCGCCCGCAGCUUACCCUGUUCCUGGAAUGAAAUGUGUAUCCUGGAACCCCUCCCUGUCGAUGAGGGUGGAAAGACAUCAGUACUACAACUGGACGUGGCUUCCUGGAAAAGCUUGCUUUAACUUUGGCUGUCUUCACUCAGUGUGCUAUUAUUGAUGUUCCCAGUGGUGCCUGUGAAAAGAGGGAGUAAGAGCAGCUGAAUGGAAGAGAGAGAAAGAGAAAGAACGGAGAGCAGGAGAGAGACGGAGAGCAAGACUGAGUGAGUGUGAUCAGUGAUGAGAGUUUAAUUCACCAAGGAAAUUUGUUUUUGGUUUGUUUCCCCCACUACAGGUUAUAGAAGGAAUCAUGGUGUUACUGAGGCAUAAACCUCUCUGGACACUGCAUGGUCAGGGCACUGGUGAGAGGGACUGGGCAAGGAAUGCACCUUUAUCCCAUAGCUCUGACCACUGUGAUCCGGAAGAGAGGUGGACCACAUGGGAAUGCUGACUCUGCAGCAUGCAGCCUGUCAGGGGAAGGGAAAUAGAAGGAUUGUGAAGAAGGAAGAGUUUUGUAAUCCCAGCAGAUGAUUCCAAGAGCAGAGGAGACACACAGAGCCUGGCCUCUGCAUGCCAGAUCCAGACACCUGACCUGGAUCACCUGCCCACUAGCUCCGGUGGCAGGAGAAAUCCUGUCAUAUUCCAGGCAAUUGCAGAUGGAUCUUCUAUACCCUUCCAUUUCCCUUAGGAUCUCAAUUCUUAUCUAAUAGUUCAUUGCAUUUUGAAGUUUUGGGUUUUUUCCUUCAUCUUUCCUUUUCCCUUCAAGUCCUUUAAUGGUAAUAAAGCAAGUGAAGCUUGGUGCAAGGUAAAAUUUUUAAAUGGUGUGGAAAUGCAAAUAAUACCAAGUAAAAUAAUACAGAUAUUAUUAAGAUUUUGGUUUUGAGGUGUUGUAGAUAAAUGUAUUUAUGUGCCUAGUGGGGAAUCCAAUAUUAUGAAUAUUAAAAAAGGGGGCAAUAUAAGGGUAUGUAAAAUAUGUAUGAAGAAAAGUUGUAUAAAAAUUUGCCCUUAUGCACGGAACUCUGUUUCUAAGUGCCAAGCACAGAAAGCCGCUAAAUAAAAUCUUUGCAAUUGUUUUC